AUCUUUGUGAGAACUGCACGUUCCUCAUUACGCUUCUUAUUACCAAACUUUGACGCAGAAGCUUUUUCAAUUUUAGACGAAAGAUGCAGCACGGAGAGAAUGAUGACGAGUUUGCCGUGCUGGAGGAAAGAAUGAAUGAUAUGGAUAUACUUUCUAGCGACGAAAUUGAAGCAAAAUUGAAAGGAUUAUUGGGUCUGCACCCAAAAGAUUGGGACGUGAUUAAGCGGGCAUGGGAAAAGACUGAAGAUCUGUCCACUAACUCUGGAGAUCAGUCCACCAACUCUGGAGAUCAGUCCACCAACUCUGGAGAUCAGUCCACCAACUCUGGAGAUCAGUACACCCAGGGACCAUAUAGGAAUGUUAGUCCAUACCCAAGUGGAACCUCGGACGAAGAUGAACCGAUGGACUUCACUAGAUCAGAAGUAAUGGACUUGUCAGGUGCAAAACAAUCAAUAGAGGCAGACGACAAUUAUCGCUUUAUGGAUACAGAGGAAGAAUACACAGAACAGGAGCCAGUGAUAAGUACUGUAGGGGAACAAGGUAUAACCCAAGAGACUUUGGUACAGCCGAGAAUUUCAGCACCCAGUACAUCUAUUCCCGAAUCGACAGGAGGUAGUCAAGCACUUCCAGUGACCAAUAUAGAUGCAGAUAAUGUAGACACUGAUGAUAGUCAGUCUGAUAACGCAGAUGGACUGCACAAGAACAGAGUGCAAAAAAGGAAGAAAAAAAGGGGAGAUGCACCAUGCAAAAAACGCAGAGUGACAGGCCAGGGUUUCAAGGAAGACAAGAAACCUCCAGAAAACGAAAAUCAGAUUUCAGGGAACCAAGGAGAGUCCGGAAGUGUUCCCAACAAUCCACCAACUAAUAAGAACAGGUCUGAUAUGAGAGAGUUUGAGGAAUUUAUGAAUCAAGCUGUGGAAUUAGCAUGCGAUCUGAAAAAACUCCGUAAACUCAUGAAUGAGUGGCUGUCAAGGAAAGGGAUGUCAGAACUCAUACUUGAUGGUGAAGACUUGAUAGAUGGUGUCAUUUUAAAGGAAGGCGAAGCGGAGAUGAAGCGUCGCUUCAUAGAGCGUUAUCGAGAGAUGGAGACCAGAAAGAAAAUCAGAGAGGACCUUGAACGCAACGGCUUAGUUUAGCCGUAGGGGGGUUAGUGCCGUCAUUGCACCUCCUAGGGUGCACUGUAGGCAUUACUUGCAGCUUCUCUUCAGUCCCUAGCUGCAACCCCUUUGAUUCCUUUUACUGUACCUCUGUUCAUAUUAUCUUUCUUCUAUCUUGCUAUCCACCAUCUCCUAACAAUUAUUCAGGCUUUCCUCCUGUUACACCUUUCAGUCCUGCCUACUCUCUCGCCUUCCUUUCCAGCGCUGGAUGACUUUCUUGGUCCCUGUGCUUGGCAUUUGUUUUGUUGUUGUUUUAGAUUAAGUUGUCAUUAUGCCAGCACGGGCUUUUGCUCAUAGAGCAGCCCUUGGGUCAUUUUGAAUAUUUCA